GACUAAUAUUGUUAAUAUAAUAAUAAAAAUAAGGAGUGCAGUUCAGGAGUACCUCCCUAACUCCUGUGUGAACUCUCUGCAGCUGAACAGGAAUGGACUGUGCUGCUGUAUUUCAGCGUUAUGAUGAUGAUGAGUAAAAAGUUUGAGGAACACUGUUUUUUCUUUCUAGACAUCCACCCACUUUCCUUUUUUGGUCACAUGUUCUGUGCCCCUCCCCCUCCAGCUUCUGCAGCUUCCUGCUCAACAUAGAGGGCUGAAGAGUGGACUUUGAAUAUCCAAAUAAACCUGAGGAGACACAUGAAGAAGUGAUAAACAUCGGAGACAUGGCAGAGCCUCGAAUCCCUGUGAGGUUGAACCGCCUCUGCUGUCCUAUCUGCAGAGAGGUUCUCAGGGAUCCUGUGACUAUCCCAUGUGGGCACAACUUCUGCAUGCGCUGCAUCCAGGACUGCUGGAGUCAUAGAGAGAAGAGCAACUCUCGCUGCAAAUGUCCUCAAUGUGGCCAUAGGUUUCCAUCCAAACCACAGCUGAUCAAAAACACAACUCUGGUCGACUUGGUGAGGGACACAGAGAGUUUUGAUACCGGCAGGGGGAAGACGAAUCGGCAUUCAGGAGAAUCCAAGCAAGCCUUGAGAAGUCCACAGAAAAGACCUUGGAGCUGUGCAGAAACCGGAAGCCCUCUGUGUAGUAGGCACAGCAGCUCCCUGGAUGUUUACUGCUGCACAGAGGAGCUGGUCAUAUGUGCAGUGUGUGCUUCAGCUGAGCAUACGGGUCACACCAUCGGGGCGGUGAAGGGGGAAAGGCGGAGGAAAGAGGAGGAGCUGAAGAACAUGCAGAUGAAAUCCAAGCAGAAUCUCCAGGAACAAAAAAAGAAAUGUAAGAAACUGCAGACGACUCUCAAACAGAUCCAGGAGGAGGCGAGAAAUACAGAGGACUACUGUGGGAGCGUCCUGGCCAGCAUCAUCGACGCCCUCCAGAGACAUUACCUGUCAGUGAAGGAGCUGAUCGCAGCUCAGGAGGAGGCGGCGGCAGCCAAAGUUCGGACGUCCCUGCAAACGCUGCAGGUGAAGAUGGAGGAAAUGAAGAAGAGGAGUGCUGAGCUGGAUCAUCUGGCACAGACUGACAGCGAUGUCUAUUUCCUGCAGGAAUGGCCCUCUCUGCGUCGCCUCUGUGAAAAAGAUCUCCAUCCUCACCGCGAGAUUUCAGAGGAUUCACUCAUCGCCUUUGAGUUCACAAAGAGAGCCGUGGACGAGUUCGGGAGUCGACUGGAGGAGUUUUGUGACAAAGAAUUUGCCUCAAUCUCUCAAAGUGCUGACAAUGAGCAGCAGGAGUCAGGAGGAGAGAUGGAGGAGGAAGAGGAGGAGGAGGAAGAUGACGACGACAUGCAGGAAAGAUGUGAAGCCAGAUCCUCAGAGUGCCAUGGUCUCUGUGGAGUUAACAACACUCUGACUGAACAGACUGUUGAGCCAAAAACCAGAGCUGACUUCCUGCAGUAUGCAUGUGUCCUCACUCUGGACCCCGACACAGCUCACAAGGACCUGGCUAUUUCUGCAGGCGACAAAAAGGUGAGGCUGGGCCCUCCCAUGAACAAGAACUUACCUGUUCACUCCCCCAAGAGGUUUAUCCACCGACGGCAGGUGCUGUGCAGGGAAGGACUGCAGGCCGAGCGCUGCUACUAUGAGGUAGAGGUGGAAGGAGACAAGGCUGAGAUUGCCCUCGCCUACGAAGGGAUAGGAAGAAAAACCCGCACUGAACAGUCAGCUUUUGGGGGCAAUGCAAAUUCUUGGAGUCUUGAUCGCUCUAAAAGUUACUCAGUGAGCCACAGAGGUGAGGGCAUCAAGCUCACAAAGACCCCCGGUCAUCACAGGAUCGGUGUUUAUCUGGAGUUUAAGAAGGGAGCUCUGUGGUUCUACGAGGUGUCAGACAAUAUGGAGUUUCUUUACAGGCUUGAAGCUGAGUUCACUGAGCCGCUGUACCCAGGCUUCUGGCUCGGAGAGAAAUGUUGCAUCAGGAUCUGUGAUUUAAGAUGAGACAGUAAACCAAGUGAGAGGUUUGAUUCCUCGUGUGCAGAAUUUUAGAGAGAAUUUUUAAGAGUCUUGGUUGAGUUCUACAUGUAAGGUUGCCCAAAAUAAAGUAGCCUCCCUACAGCUGUUAGACUGAUGUCGCUGGAGUCAAUCCAAUCCACUUUAUUUAUAUAGCACAAUUUUUAGCAAACGCAAGGUUUCCAAAGUGAGAUAAAAUACAAGAUAAAAUACAUUAAAUAAAUAACAAUAGAAACACAAUAAAAACAAGAAGUAGACAAUAGCCCAUUUCCUUGUUGGUUAAAGACUGACCUCUCUACCACCAAAGACUCUGCUUCACCCCUCUUAAAUAACAAGAGAGAGGACAUGGGCAAAAGAUGGCGAUACCGACAGAGACUCAUAACCAGCUUUUGGAACAGCUGGUGAAAGGAUAACUUUAGCUGACGCGCUAGCAAUUAACAUUAGCAUGUUACAAUUAGCAUGUUAGCAAUUAGCAUGUAUUUUAUUCUGAGUGGCUAAUGCUAAUUG